GCGGGAUUUGACCGGGUGCACCUCCCCUUCUCGCCCCCGCCUUCCCGUUCCGGCAAGCCCACUGCCGGUCGCGGGGAGCGCGGUCCGUCGGGCCUCGUAGACCCGCCCUGUGUUCGUUCCCUCGAAGCUCUGCGUGCCCCUCCUUCUGCCCAGUUUCUUCUGGAGUCCAGGCCCCGCCCGUUUCCCGCCUCCUGGGCCCGGUCGUUCCCGACUCAGCCCGCCCCUCUCUGCGCCCCUGCUGCUUCUGCUGAAGGCGGAGGCUCCAUGUUGUCCCCUCAGCGAGCGGUAGCGGCUGCCUCGGGAGGAGCAGGUGAUGCCAUGGAGAGUGGAAAGCCUGGCCCAGUGCAGGUUGUUUUGGUUCAGAAAGACCAGCAUUCCUAUGAGCUAGAAGAGAAAGCCUUGGCCAGCAUUCUCUUGCAGGACCACAUCCGAGACCUUGAUGUGGUGGUGGUGUCGGUGGCUGGUGCCUUCCGAAAGGGCAAGUCCUUCUUCCUGGACUUCAUGCUACGAUAUUUAUAUUUCCAGAAGGAAGGUGGCCAUUCAAAUUGGUUGGGUGACUCAGAAGAACCAUUAACAGGGUUUUCAUGGAGAGGGGGCUCUGACCCAGAAACAACAGGGAUUCAGAUCUGGAGUGAAGUUUUUACUGUGGAGAAGCCGGGUGGGAAGAAGGUUGCAGUUGUUCUGAUGGAUACCCAGGGGGCGUUUGACAGCCAGUCUACUGUGAAGGACUGUGCCACCAUCUUCGCUCUAAGCACCAUGACUAGUUCUGUUCAGAUUUAUAAUUUGUCCCAGAACAUUCAGGAAGACGAUCUUCAGCAGCUACAGCUCUUCACAGAAUACGGUCGUCUGGCAAUGGAUGAAAUUUUCCAAAAGCCCUUCCAGACGCUGAUGUUUUUGGUUCGAGACUGGAGUUUCCCUUACGAAUACAGCUAUGGACUAGAGGGAGGGAUGUCCUUUUUGGAUAAACGUCUACAGGUAAAAGAACAUCAACAUGAGGAAAUUCAGAAUGUCCGAAAUCACAUUCACUCGUGUUUCUCCAACGUCACCUGUUUUCUCCUACCACACCCUGGACUCCAGGUGGCCACAAGCCCUGACUUUGAUGGGAAAUUGAAAGAUAUUGCCAGUGAAUUCAAAGAGCAGUUACAGGUCCUGAUCCCAUUUGUGUUAAACCCUGCGAACUUAAUGGAAAAGGAGAUCAAUGGCUCAAAAGUCACCUGUCGGGGGCUCUUGGAGUAUUUUAAGGCAUAUAUUAAAAUUUACCAAGGAGAAGAUCUGCCUCAUCCCAAAUCUAUGCUUCAGGCCACUGCUGAAGCCAACAAUUUAGCAGCUGCAGCGUCCGCCAAAGACAUUUAUUAUAACAACAUGGAGGAGGUUUGUGGGGGAGAGAAACCUUAUUUGUCUCCAGACAUUCUAGAGGAGAAGCACUGUGAAUUCAAGCAGCUUGCUCUGGACCAUUUUAGGAAGACCAAGAAGAUGGGUGGGCAGGAUUUUAGCCUUCAUUACCAGCAGGAGCUGGAGGAGGAGAUCAGGGAGCUCUAUGAGAACUUCUGCAAGCACAAUGCCAGCAAGAACGUCUUCAGCACCUUCCGAACCCCCGCGGUGCUUUUCACGGGCAUCGUGAUUUUGUACAUAGCCUCAGGCCUCACUGGCUUUGUUGGUCUUGAGAUUGUGGCCCAGCUGUUCAACUGCGUGGUUGGGCUGCUGUUAAUAGCACUUCUUACUUGGGGCUAUAUCAGGUACUCUGGUCAGUAUCGCGAGCUGGGAGGAGCAAUUGAUUCUGGCGCCGCAUACGUACUAGAGCAGGCUACUUCUCAUAUGGGGAAUUCCACUCAGGCUGCCAUGAGGGAUGCCGUUGUUGGGAGGCCCCCUGUGGAUAAAAAAGCUCAAUAGCAUCUUGACGAGGGGAUCCAAGGAGAACGCCGCCAGCCCUUCCUGAUGUCUGGAUUUCUGCCACGCCAGGUCCAAGUCCAGAGGAACGCAGAUCUGGGAUCACCUGGGAAGAGCUGAAACUCAGCAGUAAUAAAUUAAUAGACAGACCUUUCCCGUGGCUUCACAUUCUUAAACCUACUUCCAUUGCUAUUGGAAGCAUUUCUUUUCCUUGCUGAUAUAGAUCCACGCCUGUGUCUGUUUUCUUAUUACUCUCUGCUUUGUGCACUUUAUGGGGGAGAAAGCUAAAGGAAAAACUGCAAAUGUGGUUUUAAAUCCUGUAUGUACCACUUAGUGCCUUUUAAGAUUGUAUCCAGGCUUUUGAGGACACAAUAGGGAGGGAAUCAAGAAUAACCUCAUGAAAGAUGCUGUUUUGGGGUGAAACCGGUCUGUUCUUUUAUACCUUACUAUUUAAAAAUGUUUACAAAACUUGCAAAAGCUUCAGAACAAAAGACUGAAAAUGAUGCCAUUACACUUUUAAAAUCUUAUAAUGUCAAAAAAUCCUGCUUGCCAGAGAGUGUGGAAAAACCACAGCCUAUUUAAAUCCACCAUACACUGAAAUUUAUGGUCUUUUACUGACAGGCUGACAGUUUUGUUGGAACAUACUCUUAUUUUAUUUUUGCCUUCAUUCCUCUAGCUUCUUUUUAGAAAAGAGGCAAACAUGCCUUGAAGAGCCAGAAUGGCUCAUAAUGAAAAGAGUAAGUGCGAUACUUUAAACAAAAAAGCUUGAGUUUAAAUGAACUGUGUGACCUCUGAUAAGUCACUUGAACUUGUGCCUUGGUCAGAUUCACUGUUUGCAGGUUUAUAUACACACAUGUAUUCUAUAUAUCUCACGGUUGUCAUUUAAGAGGUCUUGUUUCAAGAGUUCUACAUAAGAACAGAACUUUAUUGAGGACGAAAGGAAAGACAUGACCAGACAUCACUGCCUUCAGUUGUCCUGUUUCAUGUGGCCUAGGAGUAAAUCAGGUCUUUAUCCAAAACAUUUACUUAUGUUCUCCUGGCCACUAAUCUUUUUAAUAAUAAAGCUAAAAUUUGUCACUUUUGUUCAGUGAAUCUUCCUUUCUUUAACCUCACUUGACUAGUCUGGUAGCUUUAAAAUAGCUUUGGCUUAGUGAGGACUGAAGUCACACCCAAAUGUGGACAUGGUCUAGAAGUGUCUAAGAAAUCUUUUUAUUUACCUUGACCGGGUGAUAACAUUUUAUCUAUGAAUUGCCUUUUCCUUUGAUUAUAAUAUAAUGGUGAAUUGUGGAUUUUUAAACUCCAUAAAACUUGCCUAUAAGUAUUUACAUAAACUUUCAGGUAGGAGAGCCUUAAUUCUUAAGAUAAUUUUUAUUGUGGGAGGGAGAUAGGCUAAGGUGAAACCCAAGUGUAGAUUCUACAUACGUGAAGAAGUCUGAAUGGAAGGCAGAAGAAAGAAGCGUGUAAUCUCUUUAUCAAAGAAUUUUCUUCUUACUACUUUAAACACUUCACCACUGAAGUAUUUUUAUGGGUCUGAAUUAAUUCCAAGCAUUUUAUAUAUUUUUUCAUGUCUACAUACCAUCUUGCCCUGAAGUUCUUGCUAGUUUAUUCAAUUGCCAUUAAAUUUUAGGAAAGUUCCAGCUUGUUCUAAAAACUGUUUACUUGCAUAUCAGUGAUGCUUAGUGUUGACUGUUUUUUUUUUUUUUUGUUUUUUUUUUUUUGCUUAGUGUUGACUGUUAAAUUGGAAACUUCUCUUUGAAAUUGUGGUGCAUUUUCAGGUGGCCUCACAUCUUCCUGAAGGUUCAUAAUAUUUGCUAAAGGCCUUGCAGAUGUUGAGGUACUUGGCUUUUAAUGCAUUGUAGAGGCACAUUUAUGGAUUUCAAAUGUUGUCUAGAGUGAUGCUUUUAAUGGUGAGAAAAUGAUGAUGUGUCUAAAACGUAUUUUAAUACUAAAGUAUUAGAAUUUUUAAAGCAAACCAGUAAACUAAAUCCUAAGAAAGGCAUACAUUACCACAUACUGUAAUGUAUGCCUUUCUUAGGAUUUAGUUACUGUUCAAAUUCACCAUUUCUCUUUUGAUCUUAAAUAAUUUGGUUAAUUCCCUGGGGAAGCCUUAUUAUUUUUGUCUUUCUAGGUUAACUUAUUCUGGCUCUGGAAAGCAUUGGAUCAAGUUUUCUCAAUGAUGAUCCUUAAUGAGUUUUCUUUAGCUUUCUUUUCUCUAUUUUUCCAGUAAAUUGGUAGUUUUAUAUCAACUUUUUCAAUAAAAGAUGCAUUCUCAUUGCUGGCUUUGAAUAGUCCAGGGAGAUUUAUAACCAGGUUGAAAAGCAUGUCUUAUACCUCUAAACUUCCCUUAGCCUUUAGUUUGUGGGUCAGAGACAUUGCUUAGGCAUUCACACUGCAAAUGUUUGCCUGGUGUGUGUAGCUCUGCCACUCCUGACCAGCCUUUUCACAGAAGCAUUUAUGGUUUGCAUGUUUCCAGCAGUUAUAUGGGGGCAUUGUCCUAUUAACGUAUAAAAGGAGGUUUUUAGAAUGUCUACAGGAAGUGUUCAUUUCAGGAAAAAUUUUUUUUAAAAAUCCAGUUAGCUCUUUAUAGUUAAAAUAAUAGAAUCAAAAUUUCAAUUCUUUCAUGAGAAAUCUUUCUGGAUUGGUUUGUAGAUACAGUGGGGGGAAGUGAUCAUGUGUGAUGACCCAGUGUCUUCAGAGCUGUACCGUUUUAGCGAUAUACCAAGAGAUCUGUUCCGCGGGGGGCUACCUAUUAACGCUGUCUUCGUACUUGGUAGAAUUGCCUAUGAAUAUCAUUUUGCUGUAUCCAUUCUUUCUCUUGUCUCUUAACAUGAGAUGAAAGGCUUUAGGCAAAUAAACAGGCAAACUGCCUCGUUACUGGCCGAGCGUUCCGUUAGCAGGCCAUAGCCAGUGUUUUACCUGCCUUAUAAAAGUGGUGUCUUGGAUAGGGUGAGUUUGGAUGGGUCCCUAUGUACUAUGGAUGAGUUACAGAUAAGUAGGUUGACCUAAGCCCAGGCAAAAGUGAUUUAAAAAAAAAAAAAAAAAGUUCUAUUUUUUUCCUGGAGUUUUCUUUCUUUUUUUAAGUAGUUUAUAUAGAAGUCUUCAUCGGACUUUUUCCCCCAAAGAAAUAUUGAAAUGUAAUUUAGGAGGAUUUAGGAUGGCUACCAUCCAAGGAAGCCAGCGUGGGCUACAUCUUCCUGGUUUACAUUUAGAUCUGACAAAAUUUUAGUCAAGGAGUAUGGCAUAAUGAAGACAAGCUUCAGUCAUGAAAGUACAAGCUGUUUGUUUAAGUGGUUUUUUCCCAUUGUAAGAGCCCAUUUGCUGCGAUGGGUUAGUUUUUCUUACUUACAUCGUGUUGUAGUUAUGUUUUGGCUCUCAUCUAUGUUAGAGUGCCUGAGACGUAUUUGGGAGACUUGUUUAAAACCAUUCCGAUCACUAGCUUUAUGUCAGGGAUUGCCUCCGUGGGUCUGGAUUUUGGCCCUGGAAUCAUCCCUUUGAUAUCAGUAUUGGAGGUGGCUCAGAGACCGGCGAGAGAGCCGAGCGGACGGACAGGUGCUGCCUGCGGCUCCAGAUAGGUUCUCUGCUGCCAGGACUAUAACCGAUGGCUCACCGUGUUCAGAGUCAUAGGGGCGAUGUCUUUCAUCUAGAGAAUUAGCUAAGCUUGUUAAAGCUGUUUUUCUAAAUUAAGAUAUCCUAGUGCCUUCUCUGAAAAAUGAAUGUACAAGUGUCCUGUUUACUAACGGAUGUAAUUAGGAUUAAAAAAAAAAAAAACACUUUUUGAAGGGUGUUUUUUAAAAAGGAAAAUUUAGCACUGUGACUUGAACCCCUCAACUUUCGUGCACAGAACACCUUAAGCUAAUAAAAACAGAAAGGAAGGAGAAAAUAACUAAAAAUUCGUGACAGAAGUACCCCCAUAACAGGAACUUUCCAGAACAGGUCUAGGAGCAGAAAGAUUUCAAAAGAAAAUGUUCCUCCUUGGAAGGAAUUUUCAUGUGCCGGAACUAAAAUUUAACUGUAGUGCUCUUCUGACCGAGGAAAGGUUGCAUUUGAUUCCUGAAGCUUCCUAAUUUAGUUGGCUAAAUGCUGCCAUGGACUUAAGCUUUAAAGGGACCCAUAUUAAUCCUGAGCGUCUACAAGUUUUCUUUUUCUUUUCUUUAUAAAAUGAUUUGUUGAAAAUACUUUCUUUCUCCCAGACCCUUGCCUUUGAAUGGCUUUAAAAUUUAAUACCCGUUUUUAAAAGUGCAAUGGGCUGAGAUUAUGCUAUUAGUUUUAAAAGCAUGUUUUCUGUUUCUUAGUUGUAAGGUCAUUUAAUUGAAUAAAGAUUAUAGCACCAA